AUGGAAGAAGAUCACCAGCUCCAGAAGGUUCCCAAUUUCAGAGACGUUGGCAAAACCGUCAACCAGUUUCUCGGAGAGAGACGCGUCCGAGAGAAUCUUUUCUACCGAUCUGGAAGACUAGACGACGCCACGGCUGCAGACAAGGACCUAAUCAGGAAUGAACUUGAGAUAAAAACUAUUGUUGAUUUACGCACAAAAACCGAAAUCCUCAAACAAAUCAGAAAACACCGGCGCUCUGGCGAAGCCAGCGAGAUCCCAGGCGUGCAAUACCACGGCAUCAAGAUCAAUGGCAGAUCCUUCGAGAGACAUUUAUUAAGCCUUCUAUCAUGGUGGGACUUUUUCAAGGUCAUUUUCUUCUUCAUCGCGGGAUACCGCAUAGACGCAGUCAGGGUUCUCAGCACUCAAGUCAUGUUACCCCGUGGCCUCGUCCGUCUCGGCCUAGACACGCUUGAUCACUGUGGCUCGGAGAUACACCAAGCCCUCUCGUUGUACACUUCUCCCCAGACCUUGCCAUGCAUCAUUCAUUGUACCCAGGGAAAAGAUCGCACAGGGCUUAUAUGCGCUUUGGUAUUGAUGAUACUGGGGAUUCCCAGAGCGGCUAUCGAGCACGACUACUUUCUCACUGACGCUGAGCUCAUGCCCAGCCGACCUCAGAUGCUGGUAGAGAUUCAUGAGAUAGGCUUGACGGAUGAGUGGGCCGGCACCGCAAAGGACAUGAUCUCGUCCAUUGAAAGUCACAUCAAUGACAACUAUGGAGGCUUGGACAAUUAUCUGGAUUCCAUUGGCUUUGAUCAGCAGCAGCGAGCUAAGAUCCGGGAGACACUGCUCUACUGA